GGGCCACGGUUGCUCCACCCGGUACCCUGCACUGCACCAUCGCAAUUGCACCGUAAUUAAUUAAAUUAGCUCCGGAUACGGACCAGCCAAUGGUGUGUCACACAGGUCGUGCAUAUAUUUAGCAUAAACUCUUGAAAUCGCUGGUCGUGCUGGGUGCCUCCUCACCCAAAAAAAAAGCAGACCUCCAAAUGGUCAGUGCGUGAACUGCGAGUCGACUGCGUGCGUGACCUACAUUCGUGUGUAUUUCGGUAACCUGAAUUAGAGAGGAAAAGGGCCAAGCCACGUGGUCUGCCUGCCCUAAAACAACCGUUCCAACUUCCACUCCCAGUGGCCGGUGUGACGUAGUGUAAACCCUUCACCGUGGAGUGCUCGAUGGUUGGACUUUCGACCCUAGGAGUACCCGGCCAUCAUCAACAUCAUCAUCAUCAUCAUCAUCAACGGCAAGUGAUGUGCGUCGCGUGUGCACCAUAGCGCAGGCAUGACAUAAUUUGUAUGUUGUUUGGUUUCUUAUGCUGCUCAGAGGAAGCAGAAGAGAAAGAAGGUGUCCCUGCACACAUACAAACACCCUAUUGUUCGGCGGCAACGUGUGUGCGUGCGAGUGUUUUCGGUGUUGCGAGGGAUAGAGAUUAGAUCAUUUAUGCUGCGUGCAUGCUGUGGCCGCAAGGGCGAACACAUCUCGAAGGCGAAGAAGGGUGCGGCGUGCGGCGUGGUUUUGUGCGCAUGGUGUUGGUGUUGUUGCAACCCCGUUGUUUUGAUGCGUGUUCCGUACGCAGAGGCAACGAUAGUGAAAGGUGUAUAGAAUAUCAUCCCUCGGUCAGUCUGCACAUCCAUUCAUCGUGCGUCUGCUGAUUCAAUGGCGUUGUAGCAUCCCUUCGCCUUGGUCCCCGGGCACGUAGCCCGGUGUUGGAUGCUGCCACUGCGCGGUGCGUGAUAGUUAGUGAAUUCGUCGUGAUAAGGAUUCGCCCUGCUGACUCCUGUGGUGUUACUGGCGUUGCUGUUGCUGGUGCUGCUGGUGGUGCUGUUAUUUGAUGCAUAUUGUCUCAAUCGGUCGUCGGUUAUCGCAAGCCCGAGUCGACGAGAUGCUAGAGGUUAAUCGAGCUUCGUCUGGACUCUAGCCAGCGCGAGAGAAAAGGUCGCGUGUUGCCGACGACGACGCGAACAGAUAGAACAACGGACCGGAGCGCGUCCAACGGCAGAAGCAGCACCACAACCGGGACGUGGCGAAGCGCGCCUCGAUCAGUGCUCCUAGUCAGUCAGUUAACCAGAAGUUUAUUCUGGAGAGAGGUACUGGAUUUGAGUGAAAUCUUCGUCUGGCCAGCAGUGGCAAAAGGUGUCUGGACGCGUCUUCAACCGUGACGCCCCGAGCAACCCGAGCUGUGAAGCGCAUGAGCGGCGCUACAUCAACCUGCGCCCGAUAGUGUGUUCUAGUGAGUGGACAGGGCAAGGACAGGCAAAGGUGUGAGAAGAGGAGUGGCACGUAGACAGUGCGGUUUCUUAUCUCCCUCUCGUACGAUUGCAACCGCGGACUCCGUCAUCCGGUAAGACCGUGACGCACACUCCGGUCGGUGGUCCGGUACAACAAGCUCGCUCCAGCGCACCUUGCUGUGAACCUGUGGGGCGAUGCUGCCCCAUCAGAAGCAUCGGUAGCAAGCGCAACAGUAGACAGAACCAGGAGCAGCAGCAGCACUUAUAACUCUCAUCCAGUUCAGUGAGCAAACCAUGUGCCACGUGAUUCGCUGGGGCCACUACGAAUAGAAACGUGGAACAACACAACAUAUCGAGGGCUGUGCAACAGUGCAAGUUGGUGUGGGACCAUGGGUGGCCAGAAGCAGCACGAUUACGAUGCGCUACAAGUGGUACCAAAGUCGGAGAUUGUGAAAAUUUACAUCCGAUGUUUGCUGGCGAACUUUGUGAUACUGCUCAAGUGGCUGUACGAGAGUGUCAAGUGUAAGCUCAACCCGACCGCCAUCAUGCGCAAAACCAUCGAGCGGACCGACUUCCCGAACAAACCGCCCAUCUUCAUGACCGACACCAACCUGGGGCGCCAUUCGUACGUGAAGCUGGAGAACACUAAACUCCACUUCGUAGAGGCGGGAAACAGAAGCAAUCCAAUUGUGCUGCUCCUGCACGGAUUUCCCGACUGUUGGUUCGGUUGGCGAUACCAGAUACCGGAGCUCACGCAAUACUUCCACGUUAUCGCGCUGGAUUUGAAGGGAUUUAAUGACUCGGACAAACCGCAAUGGCGCUUCGAGUACACACCGAAGCGGGUGUGCGAAGAUCUGCGGAAGUUUCUGAUCGCCAUCAGCGCCAAAAGUGUGUCCAUCAUUGGCCAUGAUCUUGGGGCGACCAUCGGAUGGUUCUUCACGCACACCAACCCGGAGAUGGUGGACAAGUUCGUUUGCGUAUCGACACCGCAUCCGAAUCUGCUGUGGGACAAUCUUCCCAGCAGUUCACCGUUCAACCGUAAUUGGCUCGAGUUCAUACAGUUACCGAUGUUACCGGAGAUGGAACUGAAGCAUACGGCGGAACGUGUACUGCGCCGUUGCUAUCCACACGUUACGAAAGAGAAACUGUAUCAAUCCGGAACGAACGGAUCGGUCAUAAACAAUUUGAUGGAGGCGUACAAGUACAGCUACAGCCAGACGGACGACUGGCGAGGGCCUCUGAACUAUUACCGGAAUUUUCUAUUCUAUCGGGUGCGCGAGGGCGAGAUGGUUCAGUGUCCCUGUCUCAUCAUCGCCGGGAAUGACGAUCGGUUUUACAAGCUAGAAUCGGUGGUAAAGAGCUCGGAGUACUGCGAGAAUGUUGUGCUCAAGAUAAUCGAACAGUCCGGCCGGGCACCGCACCAGGAGAUGGCAACCGAGUUUAACAGCACGGUGCUCAAGUUUCUCAUCGGCAAAAAGUACUCCCAGAAACCAUCCGAAGCACCAUCACCACCAUCGAGGGGUCUGGUUGGGCGUGUUUUCGGUGGCAUCGGUUCGGUGGCGAACAAUACGGUGAAGCUCGGGAACAACCUGCGAGAAACGUACGCCUUCUCCAACCCGCUGAGUGGUGUGCCCAACUUUAUGAUCAAAGGAUAAGUUUGAUCGGCAACGGGCAUCACCAGACUGCUUAUGCAUCUACUUCUCGGGGAACACAGUCGAUAAGUGGGAAUGACGACUGCGAAUCUGUACAGAAUUCUUAAUUUAAGCUUUUUGUGGUAAUCUAAGUUAAUGUGCGUGUAACGUUUGUGUGACGAGGGGGCGUUUGCAGUGUGUUUUUGUGUGUUUGAGGGUUUUUUGUUUUGUACAAUAAGCGUUGUGUGUCCAUUCCAGUAGCAGCGACAUCGAAUAUGAGCCGAACGAAUACGAAUUAGUUCCUACCUUUAAUCGAAUAUCAGGGCAAAUAGAAAGCUAUGGUUUAAUAAAGAACGGAUUUUUCCA